AUGGCAUCUAACAGAGUACACCCGUCGAAUGAUGAUCUUGAACACUGGAGUAGAACAGAUAACAAACCUUUAAAUACGACACCAAAUAAUAGGAGAGGAGCCUAUGAAGUCGAUGAACGGAUGGAAGACGGUGUAGAUUUUGGGUCGACAAACGGAGCAGAAAGGCAAUUCGAAAUCGUUGGCAAAACAAGCAGUCUUCUAUCUCGACGUUUGGUGGUGUUUUUCUUGACUUUCGUAUCUCUAGUUUCUGUAACGACUUUAUUUCUGACUGUCUUAAUCAUUUAUGGAAAAAUUGGAAACAGGUGCAACUGCGCAGAUUCGAUGACAGAGAGUCAACAGGAUCAAGGUUAGAAUCAUCUAAUUUAAUAGCUGGUUCAUUUCUGCUGCAGUGCGGUAGUUACUGAUUUUUUUCAGACAAACUCAGACUUGCUGCGUGAGUUUAAAGACUACUGAUACUGAAAUUUUGACGUUUCGUCAAAAGUCUGUCAAUAAUCUGUCUCGGUGUGUUUUUCCAAACAAUGUCAUCAAUUUGUUAGUCAUAUUAAAACAACAUCAAAUUAAAUGACCAAAAUGCUGCAUGUUAUUAUCUUGAACAGCUGGUCAGUCUUCGAGUCAGGACUUUCAAUUUUGUAAGAAAUGUUCACUUGAUCCGGGUCUCUUUAAAGUUGGUGAACUUUAAACAUAAGUUAAUUUUGGGCCAAAUCUUCUUGUCUAGAAAUAUGUAACUAAUGAAUUUUUCAAGCCCUUCCUUAGGCGACUUAGCUACCAAUUUAAUAAGUAAGCAAAUAACAACUUUAAAAGUUUGAGUGUUAGCCUAAGUGUGUUUGUUUCGUUGGUGCUUGCGUAAACUAUCAACCUGUACAGACAAACAGCUUAUGGGGCUGUCAAUAAGAGCGUACGUAAUACUACACAUUCGUUGUUCGAUGAUGUUUCAUAGCGCGAUUGCCCAUUGUUAUUCCAAAGGGUUUACCUAAAGGUAAACAGAAUGCAUAAGGGAAGUAAUAAAAUUUGACAACCGUUUUUCAAUCAAGGCGAUAAAAAGCCAACGCCAAGCUUAAAGUUCGGGUUGGUAAUUCUGAAAGGCUACAGUUUAAGAGUUUGAUCCACCAACAUUCCCAAACAUGAUUUCUAAGUUACUUUUAAGUUUGUCUUAUUUUUCCUGCUUGCCCUGAACGGAAACAGUUCAACAGUUUCAUCCACCGACAUUCCCGAGCGUGAUUUCUAAGUUAUUUUAAGUUUGUCUUAUUUUUCCUGCUUGACGUUUUAGCUCUGAAGGGAACAUAGGUGGUACUUAGUAAAACACCUACCACAUAUAGCGGCAUAUUUCUUCCUUUAUUAAUAAAAAAAUUAUUAUGUGAUAAGUGUUUAUAAAACAUAAUAACUUUGUCAAGGAGAUCUUAUGCGACAAAAACGUUAACUAUUUCAAAAUAUUGUUUUUGGGGUUACGUCAACGUUUCUAAGAUACGCAAAACAGUUGACCGCAUGACACAUAAUGUCAUUUUGUUGGUGUUAAUUCGUGCGUAACUUUUCAAGAAAGAAGGGUGUUGCAUUUACAAAUUAAUAUCCAUACUUCCUAUUCCUUUCCACUAACUUGAUCUGUUUGUUAUUAUUUCAAUCAUCAUCACCAAACCAUUGACGGUAAUGAAUAGGCAAAAUGGGAUGAUAAAUGUUUCUUGAAUGUAAUGAAAUGACAGCCGCCAAUGAGACAUCUUAUUCACUUCCCUUCAUUUGUUCAGGAAAAAACGGAGCUUUUGCGAGUUUUUGCUUUGAGAUGCAAUUUGAUGUCCAUAACUCUUUCAUCUCCCUAGCAGCUAGGAUGGAUACUAUUUUACUAUACCUUUGUUCUGUUGUUGGUAGUUGGAAGUUGAUACUACAGUUCACUUACCUAUCACGAUCUUGCGAUUCCAAAAAUAUUUGGAUCAUCUUUUUACAUGUGAUUGUCAUCUCAGUCAUAUCUGUGUAAACGUAGUUGCACUGUCGACGGCUAAAAGCGACAUAUAAACCUUCAACAAGGAGAUAUUCUGUAAUUUUAAGUAGUAUAAUAAUGAUGAUGAUGUGAACGUUAUGGUUACAAACUCCCUUGCUUAGUUCUCCUAUUGUCUUGCAGCUUCAGAAUCUUCUUCAACUCAAGCGCUGUCUUCUGAUCCAGAAAACAACGAUGACUUAGGGAGAGUGAAAGUGCUAGAAGAAAAUGUAACUAAAUUACAUGAGGCUCUGGUAAGAAAAAAGUCAUACAGUUAAUUCAAAUCACAGAGGUGGGCAGCGUUCAUGUUACAACUCUCAGCUGUAUACCUCCCUCAAAAGCAUAAAACGUCAUCUAAACUUACACUCAGCAUUUGAGUGGUAUCUGAUCCAUUGGCCUUUGCGUUAGCGCUGCAGUCCCCUACCAGCUGAGCUACGAAGACCGAUAUAUUGGUAGCAGGCGAAUUUGUGGAGUUCAUAUUAACCCAUGAAAUGAAUGAAACAUGAAAUAAAGAUAAUGUAAACUGCGGAAAUAUAAAAUUGUUAAAUGAAGACAUGAUUGUCGCCGUUGUAAUAGCAUACAAUUUAAGUCGAUUGCAACUUAACCCCUCCCCCCCCAGCCCCCCCAAAAAUAAAAGGCUUCAAGGGUAUUCGAAUCCAUGGCCUCUGCGUUCACCCUGUAGUGCUCUAUCAGCUGAGCUAUGAAGAACCACACGUUUGAAAGCAGAUCAAUUUGUUGAGUUCAUUUAACCCGAUUACGCAUUUCCAAAAACGACACCUGAUGACCCAUGUAGGGCAGAAACGUUUCGAGAUUCAAGCAAAAGUGUUCGAGUCCCAUGAUUCAGCCGUAGCUACUAUUUCCUUCAGUUGACGCCCUAAUUUAGGGCUAAUAAAGGAGUUCUAAUACUUUGACAUAGUUCUUAAUAUAACGCUUAGUUCAUUACUUAACUAUUUUUUAUAUUAUUCAUUGUGUAGGAAUUGAAAACAAGUGAACUCUGGAAGGCGUUACAAAUUAUCGAGGACAAAUAUGGAAAUGCAACAGCACUGGUAAGGUUAAAAGAAUCAAGCGUAAAACCAUCCAGCCUUGUUAAAUUUAAACUCAUGAUCAGUUGAUUUGUAAGAUUUAAAUAUCGUUCUUCAGAUUAGAAAAUACGUUAUCAUCUUCUCGGAUAGCACGGCUAAGAACGCUGCAGUUUUGACUUGUUAAGAAAAAUGUAUUGAUACAAUUAUCAUUAACGAUGCCGCCACAAAAUUAUUCAGGCCAUCUCUUAUGAGAAGCUUUGAAUUUUGAAGCAACUGAUAAAGUCAGGUUUAGUUUAUAUUUACUUAAUUUCGAGGUUUCUUGGAGAUUUGUUGGAAGUACUUUUGAGUACAAUUCUGAAGCAUUUAGGGUAACACUAUUAGGGUUCUGUUUACGCUAUGCUAUACUAAGCAUUGUUACACUUUAAAAAUAUUUAUAGACCUGAGUCACUUUUUAUGGUUAUAGCUUACGGUUGCCUUUGUUUUACAGUGGAAAUCAAAUAAUACUAAAACCUAUGUACUCCAUUUAUUUUAAAACUUCUUUUGUUUUUGUCAGGUGAUGACACUGGAAAACCUGAAAGCACAAUACGAAAGUUAUUCUUACAAUUGCUGUCAGAGUUUCAUAAGUAAUUUCAGUGGUUCCCAAGUAGAAAGUGGCCCACCAGGUCCUCCAGGUGUUCAAGGACUGACUGGUCCUCCAGGUUCAGCUGGACCACAAGGUCCACCGGGCCAAAAUGGCUCACAUGGUCAACCCGGUCCUAAAGGUUCACAAGGCCCACCCGGACUUCCUGGUCAACAAGGAAAUAAUGGCUUACAAGGCCCUCCUGGGGAACAAGGCUACAAUGGCUCACGUGGAUUACAAGGUCCCAUUGGUCCGAAAGGAUACAAUGGUUCACGAGGUCCUCCAGGACCACGCGGACUCCAAGGCUAUAAUGGCUCACAAGGAUUGCAAGGCCCGAUUGGUCCACCAGGUCCAGCAGGACCGCAAGGUCCACAGGGCUUCAAUGGUUCACAGGGAUCGCCUGGUGCCAUUGGUCCCCAGGGAUUCAACGGAUCUCAAGGCCAGCCUGGAGAAAAGGGUCCACAAGGUUACAAUGGAUCACAAGGCCCACCUGGUUCCGUUGGUCCACAGGGUUUGAAUGGCCCUCAAGGCCCUCCAGGGCCGCAAGGUACCCCAGGUUUUAAUGGAACCCAGGGGCUACCAGGCACAGUUGGAGCACCAGGCCAUAAUGGCACACAAGGACCCGAAGGCGUUCAGGGUCGUCCAGGAUACAAUGGCUCGCAGGGUUUACCUGGUCCUGUUGGUCACCAAGGAUAUAAUGGGUCACAAGGUGCUCCGGGUGGUCAGGGUCCCCGAGGGUAUAAUGGCUCCCAAGGUCCACCAGGUCCACAAGGUUAUAAUGGCUCUCAAGGCCCUCCUGGUCUCCAAGGAUAUAAUGGGUCACAGGGGUUAGCAGGUCCUAUUGGUCCACAAGGUUACAAUGGCUCUCAAGGCCUUCCCGGUUCCCAAGGAUAUAAUGGAUCACAAGGCGCUCCAGGUGUUCGGGGUCUCCAAGGAUAUAAUGGGACACAGGGGCCACCAGGUCCUGUUGGAGCACAAGGUUACAAUGGAUCUCAAGGCCCUCCUGGUCUCCAAGGAUAUAACGGGACACAGGGGGCACCAGGUCCUGUUGGACCACAAGGAUACAAUGGCUCUCAAGGCAUACCUGGUCCCCAAGGAUAUAAUGGGUCACAGGGAACUCCAGGUAUUCAGGGUCCUCGAGGCUAUAAUGGAUCACAGGGGCCACCAGGUCCAAUCGGUCCACGAGGAUUCAAUGGCUCUCCAGGUCCUUCCGGUCCCCAAGGAUUUAAUGGGUCUCAAGGGGCUCCAGGUAUUCAGGGUUCCCAAGGUUACAAUGGAUCACAGGGGCCGCCAGGUCCAGUCGGUCCACAAGGUUUCAAUGGCUCUCAAGGUCUUCCCGGUCCUGUUGGUCCGCAAGGAUAUAAUGGAUCACAGGGACCACCAGGUCUUACCGGACCUCAAGGUUUUAAUGGGUCGCAAGGCCCUCCUGGUCCUGUUGGUCCGCAAGGAUAUAAUGGAUCGCAGGGACCGCGAGGCUACAACGGAUCACAGGGUCCUCCAGGUCCGGUUGGUCCACAAGGCUUUAAUGGCUCUCAGGGUCCACCCGGUCGUAGUGGAUCUGCAGACUUCAGCCAAUGUGUGUAUAAAUUUAAAACAACGUCUGGUACAUCUGAUGUCAAUGCAUUCCUUACUUCUGAGAUCCAAGAAGACAUCGUAAGUUGAGAUUUAUAUAAUUAAUUAUUGCUUUAUCAUUGGUUUUAUUUGUUACUUUGGUAAGUUUCAGUAUAUUACUGUUUUUGCCAUGAAAAGAAAGUGACAUCGUAAUAUUACUCUUCGAGUUUAAUUUUUAAGUUACCGUAUUCGAGUGUGCUUUUUUAGCCUGAGACAACAGUCGACUUUUCGAGACACCACCACUGGUUUCUAUUGACGUAAUGUGUGAAGAACAAGCACAGAAAUUCCAUACUGAUGAGGCGUCACAAAUCAGAUCUGAGUGGUUCUUUUGAUUAGAUCAAUAAACUUUUCCACCAAUUAAAAACACUACCCGGUUCUAAGUAGUGAUUUUCAUUCUCUGGGAAACCAGUGGUGGCAUCGCGAAUGUCGGCUGUUUUCCCCGGGCUGUUUUCUCAGGUUUCCAAAAGGAGGAAUUAAUCAGGGGGCUUUAUGUCCGGCAGCCGGGAAGAGUCUUAAAAAACUAAAUGCCCGGCAGCAAGGAAAUUUUCUAGAAUUUCUGCAAAAUCCCUUUUUCUAAUCGUUUGAAAGUAGACCUUCAAAUUAGCCGAAGCUGGUAAAAAGGGUUCAAAGAACAUUUAAAGAUAUGAUAAAGCAGACUACAGGAUAUUUAACUUGGAUGAAAACGUACCCGUGAGUCACGCGCUGCUACUCAUUGUCGAAACGGCGUCGACUCUACUCUAUGCCCAAUUAAAGAAACAGAAGAAACCACAACCGCUCAUCUGUGAAGCCAUUUUAAUUUUCCUGAUCGCUUGGUAAUUCUAAACGAAGAUAGAAUACUUUCAAACGAUUAGUAAAAGGAAUUUUGCAGAAAUUCUAGAAAAUUUUCUGACCGCCGGGCAUAUCGCCACGGCGUUUCUUAAAAUAUGGCUAGAUCUUAUGCAAGAAUGCUUCUUGCGAAUAAGUUAACUAUAACUAAGAUUCAUCGAAAAAAGCGAAUGGGAGAUUAGUCUGAAUCUAUCAGUCGGUUAUAUUGUUUUAGCCAAGAUAAAUUCUGCAUUGCAUGUGCUCUGGUAUUGUUUCUACUUCGUUAUCCGGCCGAAUCGUCCCCAAGAGGUCAUGCGAUUUUCUAUAAGAUAGGUUUAGGCAGUAGUUCUUUCCACCAACUCUUCACACUACAAAUUUAGAUUCUGAGGUCCGAACACACUAGGCUAGGCAAGUUGCAGUAACAAGUCGCGGCGGCAGAUCACUGCGUGUGUACAAGUUGGGCGACUAGUUGCAGCAACACGUUGCGGCGACACAUCGCCUCGUUUACCGGAGAAUUUAUGUGAAAGUCUAUGUUAAUGCAACAAAAUUUUGUCGCCGCAACAAGUCGCAAAAAUUCUGUCUGACGGAUUUGAUUUUUUUUGUACAUGUUGCUGCAGCAAAAUUCUGUUGCGGAGACAAAGAUUUUAACAAAAAUUCUCCAGUACACACGAAGCAAUUAAUGCCGCCGCGACAUGUUGCUGCAAUUUGUCGCCUCUCUAGGGGUUUAAGGCCUGGGUCAAAGGUGUAAAGAUAGCUAACUUUUUACGUUUGUGAUGAAUGUACGCGAAGUUUAAAAUUAAAGUUUUCAAUUAUUGACGUGCAAUGGACGGUUAGAAAUAUGCAAUAUGAAUUGUUAUCGCUUGAUUUCGUUACUUAAAGCGGCCACCAAUUGGUCAAUAAUAGACGAUUUUUAGCAAAAUGGUCACGUGGCUUAUUAACACAAAAUUUGUAUCCGUUAUGUUAAGGACAAUGAGUUCUUUAUGUGUGCCAAAUUUUGAUUCAUUGCCAUUAUCUAGGCCGAAGUUGUAGGCUAUAAAUCAUUUUCCACAGGUAAACCCCUUGGUCCCAGGCCUUAAUCUACUUAAGCCGGUGUGUACCGACCUUAAAAAGUAGAUUUCCUUCUACACGUGCACCUGCUAAUGUCGAGAAACAUUAAGUUUCCUUAGUUAUUUAGUUAUUGAAAUUUAUAUGUCAAUUAAAGCCAUUGUUUAAGGUCUAUUUACAAUGUCACAGCAAAACAAAACCAUGAACGAACUUAACUUAUUCUAAUUAAAUUUCUCUUUUAGGAUAAAAAGAUCAUAGCUGCAGUUUGCUCCACUGACGAUGCGCAGCAGUAUCUACUGAGUAGCUAUAUUUUACAAGGUGUUCGCAAUUACAUUUGCGAAUGCAAAGGUAGCGUGACAAAUGGUACCGCUACUUCUUUACAAUGUCACAUUCACUACUGGGAAUGCCCUCUUGUGACGUAA